AUGGCCUGCAAGCGGUUUGGCGUGCUGCUGGUGCUGCUGGCGGCACACCUGGCCCUGGUGCAAGGCCAGAACUGCGACUACACAGGGCCGGGUUUGGAUGAUGAGCUCGCCGCCCUGGGGCUCUCCACCGACCCCAACGCCACCUGGACGGGUCCGCUGCAGACGGCGCAGGUUGGGGACGUCUCCUUCCCGUAUUACAUCUUCGGCGCCGAGGACAGCUCCGGCCCCACUGUGGUGAUGAUCACCGGCUUUGGCACAACCAUGGCCGAGUGGGGCCCGGUGCUGCCCCAGCUGCUGGCAAAGUCGAUGGCCGACUCAAUCAUGGGCCUGCUGCGAGACGCGGGCGUGGCCACCGAAGACGCCAAGCCCGUGCUGCUGGGCUGGAGCAUGGGCGGCAUGGUGGCGCUGUCAAUGGCCCAGCAGUACGGCUCUGAGCUGGCUGGCCUGGUGCUGGCGGACACCGCCCAGGCUCCCGCCGCCGCCGCUGCCGCUGCCGCUGCUGCUCUGUCCCUGCCCUCGCCCAUGCACCCGGGCCCGUGCCAUUGA